GACUGUAUAUAGCACUGUUGUGGUGCCACAUUCUCACUUUGGCUUUGCCUUCACGCAGAGACACUUCUACACUGAGAUCACGAACUGCUCCUGUUUCUGAGUCCAUGUCGCAUGAACAGGACAUUUGCUACCUCUGCAAGGAGGACCUGAGGGACCCCGUGUCCAUUCCUUGUGGUCAUCUCUUCUGUUCCAUCUGUCUCAAGACCUACUGGGACCAUGCUGCCCAGACAGGCCAGUACUUGUGCCCACAGUGUCGAGUCAGCUACAACAAGAGGCCUGCUCCACGCCGCCUGAUGUCCACUCGCAGCUCUUCGGGCCAAAAGCUUUCAGAGUCCUCCCCUCCUGCUCCUCCAUCUCCAGACUACAACUAUGCUGGCCCCAGGGAUGUGGCAUGCGACAUCUGCAUUGGGAAGAAGCUCAAAGCUGUUAAGUCGUGCCUGAUGUGCCUGGCAUCAUACUGCGAGAAGCACCUGAAACCUCACUAUGAGUCGGCAACCUUCAAGAGGCACAAGUUAGUAGAUGAGAUCGGGCACCUGGACAGGCAGAUCUGCCCACAGCACCAGAAAGGCCUGGAACUCUACUGCCGCACAGACCAGAUGUGUAUCUGUGUUCUGUGCACUGUGAAGGAACACAAGGGCCAUGACAUGGUAUCAGCCGAACAGGAGAGAAGCGAGAUGCAGCAACGUCUGGGUGCCACACAAGCUGAGGUUCAGGAGAAGAUCCAUGACCGAAUGAAGCAAAUGGAGGAGUUGAAACAAGCAGUGGAAGCACUAAAGAGCUCUGCUCAUCGGGCAUUGCAGGAGAGCGAGAAGCUAUUCGGAGACAUGCUCCGCACCAUUGAAAGGAUGCAACAAGAAAUGUCCAAGUUGAUUUCUUCUAAUAAGAAGGCGGCAUUAAACACAGCAGAUGGCCACAUGGACCGUUUGGGGCAGGAGAUCGCUGAUCUGAAGAGGAGAGACAAUGAGCUGACGCAGCUGACGCGCACAGAGGACCACAUCCACUUCAUUCAGAGUUACCACAUGCUGAUAGCCCAGACAGAUGCUGAAGAACUGCCCACAGUUAGCGUCAACCCUUACUUCACCUUUGGCUCCGUUACCAAGACUGUCUCGGAGUUGAAACAGCACCUGAAUGAGUAUGGCAACGAGGAGCUGGUCAAGGUGGCCACCACGGUGAACAAAAUGCCUUUCUGUCAACUAGACGACAAAAAGGGGAGGAAGUCUGUAAAGGCUGAUGAAGUUGAUGUAUAUAAGACUCAGAGGACUCUAAGCCAAGCACCUCGCAGCCAGGCUCCACGCACAAGGGAUGAAUUUCUCCAGUAUGCCUGCCAGUUAACUCUAGACCCGAACACAGCAUAUAGACAGCUCUACCUUUCCCGGGGAAACAGGAAAGCAGCACUUAAGAGAGACCCCCAGUCCUACAACGAAAGCACCCAGAGGUUCGACUGCCUGCCCCAAGUUCUGUGCAAAGAGCCCCUCUCCGGUGGCACCUACUACUGGGAGGUGGAGUGGAGUGGUGAGGGGGCCUCCAUCGGCAUCACUUACAAGGGUAUAAAGCGUACAGGAUAUGGUGAUUCGGCCCGCAUUGGAUACAACCGCAAAUCCUGGGGCCUUUUCUGCUCUGAUUCCAGCUUCUCAGCACGCCACAUGAAAGAUCAAGUCGAAAUCAAUGCACCCUACUCUUCUCGCAUAGGGGUUUUCCUAGACUAUGAUGCAGGCACGUUGUCUUUCUACAGUAUAGCUGAGAAUAUGACACUUAUCCAUCAGUUUAAAGCCUCCUUCACUGAGCCUGUUUAUCCUGGAUUCUGGGUGUGGUAUGAGUCGGCCAUCUCUAUUUGUCAGCUGUAAUUCUGUGUUUUUUUGGGGGGGAGUUUAGGGAGAAAACAGGUAGAUGUCUUUUGAUAAUUUAUAUAGAUAUAUGUGUGAAUAUCUUUUUUUAUCAAAAUUAUAUAUAUAUAUAUAUAAUUUUAUUAAUGAAUUUAGAUCAGCUGCAGUGUGAAAAUAAUGUGAAUUAGCAAUAGUAGAAUUUAUAGUAGAUAAGUAAUAUUGUUAGUGCACAUGGUGUCAUCUGUGUGUGUGUGUGUGUGUGUGUGUGUGUGUGUGUGUGUGUGCAGCGUGUGUUAUCAAGUUCCAAUGCUGGUUUGAAUGCACCAAUGAAAAGACAAUAAAAAGCAACCCAAAUAAAAAAAUCUAAAAUAUC